AUGCCAAAGCUUCAACCUAGCUCUUCACUCAGUCAGCUGACAAAACCAGCACAGAGUAACAUUGACCUGCCAGGGGUUGGCAUCCUAGCAGGAAGCACCCAGCACUUGAAGAACCUUGGAAAGGUAGUUGGAGCCAAGGUGAAUGACUUCCUACGUAGAAGAGACACUGACCGCAAUGACAUUGGUCUCACUGAAGUCAACAAGACUGUAGCAUCUGUGUUGUCCAAUAAGGAGAAGACAGUGAGCCUCGGAGAUGAAGAAAUGUCAAAGUUCGUUGAAAGUUUCCCUAGACUUGAUCCUCCACCUCCUGUGGUAAAGAAACGUGUCCCACGAGCUCUGAAGACCACUCAAGAUAUGAUCAUUUCUCCAAACCCUGUACUGAAUAGUCCAGAGAAAACAACCAUUUGUACUGAGGUCAGUUUGAAUGAUAAUUCACCUACACUGAAAUGUCAGCCAGAUUCCCUGCCCAAUGGAAGAGAAGAGGACAUCAUUUUGGAGCAGACUGAGAUCCAAAAUGGAGUCCUUCCUGAGAUUGCGCUAUCUGUCCCUGACAUUAUUCACAAGGAGUCAAUGGACACAAAUGUGAGAGAGUCUUCUCAUUUCCAUGAAAAAGCUGUGGUGAAACUCUGUAUCAGCCAAGAAGACUUAAUAGAAGGGGAAAUCAAUCAUUCUGACUGGAGUUCUUGGCCCAAAAACUCUACUUUAGAUGGUGAUGGUCCCCAUCCUGACCUUUUGUCUUUUGAGUAG